AAGAAGUUCAUUUCCGGGUCGAAGUUGACAAUACAUGUGGGAAGAAAAUUCACGUUUACUUUGGUGUUUUUCUUUUCAGCUUUGUUUCAAAAGCUUUCAUUUCGGUUUUUACACAUAAUCUCUAUUUUGAUAAAUUAUUUGCCUACGGGGAGACAAAAGGGAUUUUGCCUGCAAAAACUGAUCUCCUCAUGCUCACCCAAGCCUCUGUCAACAUCUCAAAAUAACAAAUUGACUCCUUUUCAGUCCCCACAUUCCCGGACAGAAUGGAUGGCAGUGUUAAAGAACAGAGGAAACAUCAGCAGAAACACAGUGGACCAAAGGCAGAGAGAAAGAAAUUGAAGAAGCAGGGGAACUCAACAGAGAAGGAUGAACGCAAACGUAACCCCAAAGCCUUUGGAGUACAGUCGGCUGUACGCAUGGCCAAAACCUUCCACAGGGCACAGGACAUAAAGACCAAAAAACACCACAUACCCCUUGUUGAUCGAACACCCCUAGAGCCUCCUCCGGUCGUGAUUGUCGUAGUCGGGCCCCCCAAGGUGGGGAAAAGUACCCUAAUCCGUUGCCUGAUCAAAAACUUCACACGUCAGAAGCUUGGAGAUAUAUGUGGGCCUGUCACCAUCGUCUCAGGCAAGAAGCGUCGUCUCACUUUCAUGGAGUGUAACAAUGACAUCAAUACAAUGAUCGACCUUGCAAAAGUGGCCGACCUGGUUCUGAUGUUGAUCGAUGCCAGCUUUGGCUUUGAAAUGGAAACAUUUGAAUUUCUGAACAUAUGCCAAGUGCACGGUUUCCCUCGUAUCAUGGGUGUGCUCACUCACCUAGAUUCUUUUAAGAACAACAAGACACUAAGAAAGACCAAGAAAACCCUUAAACAUCGCUUCUGGACCGAGGUCUACCAGGGCGCCAAGCUUUUUUAUCUGUCUGGAAUGGUGUACGGGGAGUAUCAAACACAAGAAGUGAAGAACCUUGGCCGCUUCAUCUCAGUCAUGAAGUUUCGUCCCUUGGUUUGGCAGACAUCCCAUCCUUAUUUGCUUGUGGAUCGCAUGGAGGAUUUGACUGACCCGGAAAAGAUCCGAACCGACCUGAAAUGUGAUCGAAGAGUGUCGCUGUAUGGCUACUUGCGAGGCACAUAUUUGAAAAACAAAAGCCAGAUCCAUAUUCCAGGCGUUGGAGACUUUCAGGUCGCCGAAGUGAAUUUUCUGCCCGAUCCUUGUCCACUUCCUGGUGCUCAGAAAAAAAGGGCGCUGAAUGAGAAAGAGCGGCUGCUUUAUGCACCCAUGGCUGGAGUUGGUGGAGUGGUGUAUGACAAAGAUGCUGUAUACAUCGACCUUCCUGCAUGCCAUGCUCAACAAGUGCAGGAGGAGAUCAGACCCAGCACGGAACUUGUCCAAUCUCUUAUUGACACGCAUGCCACUUUGGACGCCAAGAUGGCUGCCAGCAAGGUGACCCUUUUCAGCGGCUCUGCCACGCUGGACUCUGCAGAUGUCAACGUACAAAGCAGCGAAAACGAGGGCCACAUGGAGGAGCGUAUUUGGGAUCCUAUUAGCCACAGAGAGCGGAGAAAGGUCAUCUUCACCGAAGAAGCAGACGAUGACAAAGGGGACGCCAGUGACUCCAGUGAAAAUGAAGACAGUGACAUUGAGGAAAGUGACGCCGAGGAGCAGGAGGAUACAAAUGAAAAUGGAGCCGGCGGUAUGAGAGAGACAAGCGAUCACGGUGGGCCGACGGUUAAGAAACGCAAGCUGGAGGAGGAAAAAGAUGUGACGGGAGCGGUGGCCGAGUUGCCUGUUUUCGCGGACAGUGAGGACGACCUCGAGAUGAGUGAGGAGGAAGGGGAUGCUGGCAGAGCGGCAGACUCUGGACAUUGCUCUGAAGAAGAUGAAGACGAGGAAGAGAGCGCCGAUGAAGAGAUGGAUGAUGAUGAUGAUGAUGACGAUGAUGAUUUGUCCAAAGAGGAAGAGGAGGGCACGGCUCAAACCGCGGUGAAAAAGACAGCGAGUGAAAGUGAAGAGGAAGUACAAGAAGAGCUGGGGGCUCUGCGGUGGAAAGACCGUCUACAGCAGAAGGCAUCUGAAGCAUUUUUACGCCAACAAGAGGCUAUGCCCAAUCUGCGAAAACUAGUUUAUGGUUCAGCUGACUCAAAAGAGGAAGAGGACGGUGAGGAUGUUGACGAGGAGUUGGGAGGACUCUUUCGGGUCAACCGCCCUCAGAAGAGUCGAAGGUUUCAAGCAAAUGCUCUCGAUUGUUCCCAUUUCAACCCUGACUCCUCCCACAACUGGGACCUGGAGGAGAUGCUGGACUCCAUUAAGGAUUGCUUUGUAACGGGGAAGUGGGAGGAGGACCAAGAUGCGGCCACACUCUUGAAGGAGCACGACGAGAUGUACGGAGAUUUUGAAGAUCUGGAAACGGGCGAAGUCCACAAAGGCGCAAUUGAGGCACAGGAUCAAUCUCAGAAUAACGAGAGCGAUGAAGACGGCGAUGCCGAAGAGGCGCCGACGACUGCGGACGAUGACGACGUGCAGAAAAACAAGCGCUUGGAUAAAAAGCGGCGGCUGAAAGAGCGUUUUGACGCCGAGUACGAUGACGGCGACGCCACUUACUUUGACGAUCUCAAGGAGGAGAUGCAGAAGCAGGCGGAGCUGAACAGGGCCGAGUUUGAGGAUUUGGAUGACGAGACAAGAGUGCAGUAUGAAGGUUUCCGGCCAGGAAUGUACGUCAGGUUGGAGAUCCCCUCGCUACCCUGCGAAUUCGUCGCAAACUUCGAUCCACGCUAUCCCAUCAUCAUCGGCGGCUUGGGUUCCAAUGAGGGCAGUGCCGGAUAUCUCCAGAUGAGACUGAAGAAACAUCGCUGGUAUAACCGCAUCCUGAAGACACGAGACCCACUCAUACUAUCGCUAGGCUGGCGCCGGUUCCAGACCAUCCCCCUUUAUCAUAUUGAGGAUCACAACGGGCGACACCGCCUUCUUAAGUACACACCACAGCACAUGCACUGUGGCGCCUCCAUCUGGGGUCCAAUUACACCGCAGGGAACCGGAUUCCUGGCUCUGCAAACGGUAGCAGGAAUUAACGCCAAUUUCCGCAUUGCGGCAACCGGAGUUGUCCUCGACCUGGAUAAAUCGGUGACUGUCGUCAAGAAGCUCAAACUCAUCGGUUACCCAUACAAGAUCUUUAAGAACACGUGUUUCAUUAAGGGCAUGUUCAACACAGUGCUGGAAGUGGCGAAAUUUGAAGGGGCCGCUGUAAGAACGGUUUCCGGCGUCAGGGGUCAAAUCAAGAAAGCACUAUCGACGCCACCGGGAUCCUACAGAGCCACAUUUGAGGACAAGCUGUUGAUGAGUGAUAUCGUGUUCCUGCGCUCCUGGUGCACAGUGUCUGUUCCGCAGCUCUAUAAUCCGGUCACUUCUCUGCUGCUGCCUGUGGGUCAGAAGGACAGCUGGUCAGGCAUGAGGACCCUCGGGCAGCUCAAACAUGACCUGGGAAUCCGCAACAAACCCAAUCCUGACUCUCUGUACAAGCCUGUGGUGCGGACAGAAGCGCAUUUCAAUCCCCUCCACAUCCCCAAAGAGCUGCAGAAGUCUCUGCCCUACAAGAGCAAACCAAAGCAGCAGCAACGCAAAGGAAAGCGACCCAGAGACAUGCAGAGGCCCAGCGUGAUCAGGGAGCCUCACGAAAGGAAGGUGGCGGCUCUUCUGCAGGCUCUGAGCACAGUCCACAAUUACAACACAAAGAAAGCGCACGCAGUGCAGCACGCCAAACAUAAAGAGUUCCUGCGGCAGAAAGAGAAGGACGAGGAGGCCAAACUGAAGAGGCAGAAGGAAGCCCGUAAAAACCUUUAUCGCAUCAUGGGCCAGAAGGACCAAAAGAAACAAAAGUCCAGUCUUAAGGGCACUCCAAAAGAUUAGUAAUACGCGAUGUUUUCACGCGGGAGGAAGACUGAGAUGCUUGAGUGGUGUGGGUUGCUGCAGUUUCGGAAUUCGGCAGUAUUUUCUUUUUUUUUUUUUUUGCGUGUUAAUAUAAUUAUGUAAAGCCGAUCUGAUUUGUGGACCUUCUUUUAUUAAAACAUAACUACAUGUUUCUCAG